UGCACAGGGAUCACGCGCGGUAUAUAAACGCGCCGCGCAGGCGGCCACCCACCGGCGAUCCGAGAACAAUCCGUCGUCCGAGUUGGCAUCUUUGGCCAAACCAGUAUCAUUGCCCAAUCACAGAUCUCCCCCCCUCUCUCUCUAAUAUCUCUUUCUCGCCUCCUCCCUCUCAUCUCCCACUACCUGCUCCUGCUGCUUUGCUUGGGCGCUGCGAGGGGAGAGAGGAGACGAGAUGAAGGAGGAGAUGGUGGUGGGCUUGUCGGCGCCGGGGCCCGUGGGGAGGUGGGGCGCCGCGCCGCCGCAGGCGCUGCUGGAGAGGAUGAAGGACUACGGCCAGGAGGGCGCCUUCGCGCUCUGGGACGAUCUCUCGCCCGAGGACCGGGAGCUCCUCGUCCGGGACAUCGAGAGUGUAGAUCUUUCAAGGAUCGAUCGGAUCAUUCGACGCUCACUUGGAUCACAAGGCAUGCCGCUUCCGGCCGUGGAGCCCGUGCCGGAAUCCAAUGUCUCCAAGGUGGAGGACAGGUCUGCAGAGGACAAAGAAAGAUGGUGGAAGAAGGGGCUGAAGGCCAUCUCCGAGGGGAAGCUGGCCGUUGUCCUUUUAGCCGGUGGUCAGGGCACUCGACUUGGAAGUUCAGAUCCUAAGGGAUGUUUCAAUAUUGGGCUUCCAUCUGGAAAGUCACUUUUCCAACUCCAAGCUGAACGGAUUUUGUGCGUUCAAAAGCUGGCUGCUCAAUCUAGUGAAAGUCCAAGUAACACUGUGCCGAUCCACUGGUAUAUAAUGACAAGCCCCUUUACGGAUGCUGCCACUCGCAAAUUCUUUGAAACCCGUAGAUAUUUUGGCUUAGACGCUGAUCAAGUGACAUUUUUCCAACAAGGCACACUUCCAUGUGUUUCUGCUGAUGGUAGAUUUAUUAUGGAGACACCAUAUAGGGUAGCGAAGGCUCCUGAUGGCAAUGGUGGAGUAUAUGCUGCUCUGAAGUCCAAAAAGUUGAUGGAAGAUAUGUCUGCACAAGGUGUGAAAUAUGUAGAUUGCUAUGGCGUUGACAAUGCACUGGUUCGUAUUGCAGAUCCGACAUUCCUAGGGUACUUCAUUGAGAAAGGUGUAUCCUCUGCUGCUAAAGUUGUUAGGAAGGCCUAUCCACAAGAGAACGUUGGGGUAUUCGUUCAACGAGGUCGCGGUGGACCUCUCUCUGUAGUUGAGUACAGUGAAAUGGAUGCAGCUAUGACUACUGAAAUUAAUCAAUCAACAGGGCGCCUCCGUUAUUGUUGGAGCAAUAUCUGCCUGCAUAUGUUCACUUUGGACUUUUUGAACCAAGUGGCAAACAGCCUUGAAAAGGACAGUGUAUACCAUCUUGCUGAGAAGAAGAUUCCUUCCAUCCAUGGGUAUACAACUGGCCUGAAGCUUGAACAGUUUAUAUUCGAUGCUUUCACUUACUCCCCAUCCACAGCACUUUUUGAGGUCAUGCGGGAAGAGGAAUUCGCACCAGUAAAGAAUGCCAACGGCGCAACAUAUGACACCCCUGAUAGCGCGAAACUCAUGCUGCUCCGUCUCCAUAGCAGAUGGGUUGUCGCUGCUGGUGGCUUCUUGACGCAUUCUGUGCCCUUGUAUAUGACAGGCGUCGAAGUUUCUCCACUUUCCUCCUACGCUGGAGAGAACCUGGAAGCAAUCUGCCGCGGGCGAACAUUCCAUGCGCCGAGCGAGAUAUCCUUUUAGGUAGGGCUGUUCAUGACAGCAAGAGCUGUGUAACUGCAAAACGAAUGUAAAGGAUUGCAGGAUGUGCAUGUUUCCUUUUCUAGGCAUGAGAUGGAUGUGGAUGGCCAGGUUGUUGUACACUUGUAUGAUCUGUGCGUGUUGUGUAAUUGUAGCCCUCGGAUUCUGAAUUCAUCAUGAGUUUUCUCGCACACACUCUUUGCAGUGCCAGUUCAUGGCCAGGGACCUGCUAAUCAUCA